AUGACAAUGACCUUCCAAAGCAUGGACGACCAGAUCGCGCUUCUACGCAAGCAAGUCGUAGCCACCGAAUCACAACUCGCCAGCCUCAAAGCCCAGCUGGCACAAGCCGAGUCACGCGCCGAGACUGCACGUCAACUGGAGGCAGCAUAUCAGGGCGGCUUUCCCCCUGAAUGGAUAGGCGAGACAUUGUCGGCACUGACAGAUGAUCUACAUGGCUACGAUGGCACUGCGAGUAGUCCAAGCGAUUUGGCCCGGGACAUUCGCCAUGACACAGGCAUGGAGAAAGAGUUUGUGACACCAGAACCAGUGAGCUCGAGGUGGCCUCUGGCUGGAGAAGAAUACAGGCGAUAUGGACGUCAGAUGAUCAUGAACGAGGUUGGUCUACAUGGGCAGUUACGGCUCAAGAAUGCGAAAGUGCUUGUCGUAGGCUGUGGUGGCUUAGGCUGUCCUGCAGCUGCAUAUCUCGCCGGUGCUGGAGUAGGCACACUCGGCCUCAUGGAUGGUGACAUCGUCGAGGUGUCGAAUCUACAUCGACAAAUCGCACAUUCCACACCCCGCGUGGGAAAGAGCAAAGUCGAUAGUGCAUGGGAGUAUCUGCAUGAGUUGAACCCUCUCAUAAAGUACGAACGCCAUCCCUUCCAUCUCUCCCCCUCGAUAGCACUCACAAUCUUCUCCACCUACCACCUUAUCCUGGACUGCACCGACCACCCAACGUCACGCUACCUCAUCUCCGACGCCUGCGUCCUAACCGGCAAACCCCUCGUCUCCGCAUCAGCUCUCAAAACAGAAGGCCAACUCAUCGUCCUCAACAACCCACCCCGCAUGCCCGGGAAUCCAACAGGCGGACCUUGCUACCGCUGCAUCUUCCCCAAACCGCCACCAGCCGACAGCGUCCUCUCAUGUGGCGAAGGCGGCGUGUUAGGUCCCGUAGUCGGCACCAUGGGCGUCCUCCAAGCGCUGGAAGCCAUCAAACUCAUCACAGCCGGACCACAACGCAAUACUUCCAUCGACCUCGAUCACAUAGCAGAAUCGCCCCGAGCACAAAUGCUCAUCUGCUCCGCCUUCUCAACACCCCAGUUCCGCUCCGUCAGAAUGCGAGGUCGCCAUAAUACCUGCGCCGCCUGCUCAACCCAAGCCACCAUAACCCCAGAUCAACUAACAGACGGCAGCAUGGACUACGCCGCCUUCUGCGGCAUCACAAACCCCAUCACCCUCCUCCCUCCCACCUCCCGCGUCACAGCCGCCGACUUCGCCCGCAUGCCGCGCGACGGCACUAACGUCCUCCUCGACGUGCGGGACGAAACACAAUACGCGAUAUGCGCAUUGAGAGGCAGCAUUAAUGUCCCCUGGCAGGGUAGUGCGGAUCGAUGGCUGGAGAAGGUGAUGCAUAGUGGUGCGUUGAUGCUGGCUGCCAGUGGACGGCAGAGGGAUGUGUUUGUGGUUUGUAGGUUUGGGAAUGAUUCGCAGCUGGCGGCGAAGGCGGUGAUAGAUAUGAUGGGGGCGUUGGAGGAGGGUGGUGGGCCUAGUGGGGCGGGGGUCAAUGUUAGGGAUAUUAGGGGUGGGUUUAGGGCGUGGAGGGAGGAGGUUGAUGGGGAGUGGCCGGAUUAUUGA